AUGGUGCUUCAGGAUCUUGGGCGGCGCAUCAAUGCCGCCGUCUCAGACCUCACGAGGUCUCCCAACCUCGAUGAGAAGGCCUUCGACGCCAUGGUCAAGGAGAUUUCCAACGCUCUCGUAGAAGCAGACGUUAACGUGAAGCUCGUGAUGAACCUUCGGAACUCCAUAAAACGCUCGGUUGACUUCAAACACCUCUCGCCCGGCGUGAAUAAGAAGCGCCUCAUCCAGAAAGCGGUUUACGACGAACUUGUUAAACUCGUCGACCCGCACGCCGAACCCUUCAAGCCGCGAAAAGGAAAGCCGAACGUCAUCAUGUUUGUGGGUUUGCAGGGUUCGGGUAAAACGACAUCGUGUACGAAGCUGGCGCGGUGGUAUUCUGCGCGAGGAUUCAAGGCGUGUCUGGUUUGCGCGGACACCUUCCGUGCUGGUGCUUUCGAUCAAUUGAAGCAGAAUGCGAUACGAGCGAAGAUCCCGUACUUCGGAAGCCAUACACAGACGGAUCCUGUCGCCGUUGCAAGAGAAGGUGUGGACAAGUUCAAAAAGGAGCGCUUUGAGAUCAUCAUUGUGGAUACCUCUGGCCGUCACAGGCAAGAGAAGGACCUUUUUGAUGAGAUGAUGCAGAUCCAGGAAGCUGUGCAGCCCGAUCAGACUAUUAUGGUUCUCGACUCGACAAUCGGUCAGGCAGCAGAAGCACAGUCACGUGCAUUCAAAGAGGCGGCAGACUUCGGAGCUAUCAUUCUUACCAAAACGGACGGUGCAGCAGCAGGGGGUGGUGCUAUCUCGGCCGUUGCAGCAACACAUACGCCUAUCGUGUUCCUCGGUACCGGAGAGCAUAUGCUGGAUCUAGAGCGCUUCAGUCCUGAGCCUUUCGUUUCGAAACUACUUGGCAUGGGUGACAUCGGUGGCCUUGUCGAACACGUGCAGUCACUCAAGCUCGACCAGAAAGAUACCAUGAAGCAUAUCACCCAAGGCAUCUUCACUAUCAAGGAUCUGCGAGAUCAACUGUCCAAUAUCAUGAAGAUGGGCCCGCUUUCGAAAAUGGCGGGCAUGAUUCCUGGACUGAGCGGCAUGAUGAACGGUAUGGACGAUGAAGAAGGCAGUUUGAAGCUCAAGCGCAUGAUUUACAUCUGCGACAGCAUGAAUGAGAAGGAGCUUGAUUCUGACGGCAAGAUGUUCAUCGAGCAACCGGAACGUAUGACACGCAUAGCACGUGGUUCGGGCACGUCUGUGCGCGAAGUAGAAGAGCUUCUUACUCAGCACAAGAUGAUGGCAGGCAUGGCCAAAAAAAUGGGAGGAGGUUUGAAGAAUAUGCAAAAAGCUCAGGGUGCCAUGGGCGGAGGAAACAAGGCACAACAGCUCGCUGCCAUGCAAAAGCGGAUGGCCAGUAUGGGCCAAGGCGGCAUGGGUGGCGGAGGAGGCAUGCCCGAUAUGGCUUCUAUGAUGAAGAUGCUUGGUGGUGGAGGAAGAGGCGGCGGUGGCAUGCCUGAUAUGUCUGCCCUUGCGAAUAUGAUGGGUGGCGGUGGACGAGGAGGAGGCGGCAUGCCCGAUAUGUCUGCCCUUGCGAACAUGAUGGGUGGCAUGGGUGGCGGUGGUUUCCCUGGUAUGGGCGGUAUGGGAGGUAGCGGCAGCGGCAAAGGAAGGCGGUAG